UUUAGUGGUCUUUCGGAACUGGUAGUCGUUCGCUUGUUUGGCUUGAAUUGCAGCAAAGCUUUCCGCUUUCCGCAAUCCUCGGCUACAGCAAAAGAGAUAAGGAUAUCAUCUAAAUUGUUUGCUUUUUGGAGGUCAAUGCGAUGUCAUUUUAUGAGCGAACGGCAGAGAAACGUAAAUCUUACGAGGCGGACGAGCUGUGUGAAGAUGACGAUGGCAGAUUUAAAGUUGAAGUGGUGGAUAAUCGAGAACGGGAGCGAAAAUUGCGGCGGGAAAUUGCCAACUCGAACGAACGACGACGUAUGCAAAGUAUUAACUCUGGUUUCCAAGCACUGAGAUUGCUGAUUCCACACAGCGAAGGCGAAAAACUAAGCAAGGCCGCGAUACUUCAGCAAACAGCUGAGCAUAUUUUUGCUUUGGAACAAGACAAGACUCGUCUUUUGCAACAGAACACGACUCUCAAGCGAAUAUUGAGCCAGUACGAUCGAGAGGGAAUGAACAACUCGGAUCUAAAGCGAUCUCCGCCGAAAAAGUCGAAAAUUGAUAAAGAAGCACGUGCACAGGAACUUGACAAGGACGAUGAAAACAACAACGUUUUACCAAGUGAUGACUACAUCGAGGAAAUACAAAAGGAGCUCAUUGAACUAAGGUGCCAACUAGAACGUGAAAGGAGACUAAGAAUCAGCGUGGAGGAGAAGAAGAGACAGCUCGAAUUAGAUCUAGUGGAUGUCAGGUUGAAAUCAAACGACAAAUCGCCGAAAUCAGUGACGACUUCUCAUCAAAAUUUGGAUACGAUCGUGCAGGCAAUCAAACAUUUAGAAGGGGAUAAACCCGAACUGCUCGAAACCCCUACAAAAUGCAAAACUGAAGCUGUCACGAACGGCCCAUCCAGUACGGAAAACGCUUCGAGAAGGCUCAUAGUUUGAAAUGUUGUUUGAAAGUUUACUCGGAUGUUGAACUGCCCUGGAACAGCUGAUUGGCGUGGCUGUGGUUGAUGUAUGCAAAUUUCUCAUGUUUGCGAAAUCCAUGGAAUUCAUGCAUGGUAUUUGUGUAUGUAGAGAUUUGUAGAAUCAUGCAUAAAUUAAGUUUCUUAUCUUUGCCCGUUUUCAUCCACUUUGUAAGUGGUCUUGUAAAGUUUUUCUUGAGAUUCGGUCGGGAGCUCAAAGCGUGCUGGAUUCACGAGUUCUCCGGAACGGCAGAAUUGUACAGCAUGCAGAGUUUAAUGCGAUGCUGAUCAUAUUUUGCAAGUUUGGUAGGUGACGUCUACGUGUGAAUAUGUACAUAUUUCCUGUAGGUCUCCCGUGGGCUACCUUUAUUUUGGUGAGGG